CAUGCUGGGUUAGCAUGCAGACAGGACCAUAUUUGCAUGCCGGAUUAGAAGCAGAGAUCCCAGCUAAGCGAGCAUGGAGAUGCUUGUUAGGGAGUGAUUGCAGCCUGCUCUUUGCUGGCGCACCCCAUCUACUUUGCCCCUACGCCCCACUCAGCUGGGGGCUGCUAUGAUCCCCCUGUCUCUGCACCUUCGGAAUUUGGAGCAAGGGGACUCCGCUCAGCACCAGAUCAGCCCCCCACCCGGGGGGUGCUGGGAAGCUAGAAGGAGGGGGCAAGCGCCGGAUGCACUGAUUGCAAAAGGCAAGUGAGGUUAUCAAAUGGCUCUCAACCCCCCCGCCCCGGGAACUAUGAGGGCAGGCUUCCCGGGCCGAGAGCCAGCGCAGGGGAGAAAGGCAGGUGGCUGCUGUGGCCAGCAAUGGGUAACUCCACCCGUGCCACUUUCCCCUUUGCACUGACCAGACGCCUGGCCCCAGAAUCACAGGCCCAAAUCUCUUGCUCGACAACCCCCCCGCACCCCGCUGGCUUGACGACAGGCUCCGGCCCAGAGAGAGCCGGGACGGAAAGGCCCCAGCUCCCCCAUGGCUGGCCAGAUCUCUUCACUAACUCUGCCCAGAACCCCCCCGUCCAGCCUCCUCAGCCAGGCACAGCUCAGGAACAGGCGUGGGUGGCUCUGGGUGGUAUCUGGUUCCAUGGAGCCGGGGCUGGGCCCUUGGCAAGGGUUCAGGUGAGCCGGCUGUGCAAACAAAGGCCAGGACCAGGCCUUCGCCUAGCCCCACCUUCCUGGAGCAGAGGGAAGCUGGUAGAGGUGGGGGUGGCUAAGCCCUACCCGGCCCCUCCUCUGCUCCUGGCUAUAAAUUCCAGCCUGCAUCCAGUCCAGCCCUGCACAGACGAAGACCUUGCUAACUGCUGCAAACUCUUCUCUCUGUCCGUCCCCACCGGCACCAUGAGUUUCUCCAGAUCCACCUCCUACUCCAGCAGCCUGAGAAGUCCGAGCAUCAUGGGCAGGAGGUACGCCCCAAACACCAGUGCUGCCAGCGUCUACGCCGGGGCCGGGGGCUCCGGCUCGAGGAUCUCCGUGGCCAGGACCACCAGCCUGGGCUCCAGCCUUCCGGGCAGCAGCUCUGGAGGCAGUUAUGGCAUCUCCCUGUCGGGCUCCGGGGUGGUGCAGAACGAGAAGGAAACCAUGCAGGAUCUGAACGAUCGCCUGGCCUCCUACCUGGAGAGGGUGCGCAGCCUGGAAACUGACAACCGCAAGCUGGAGCUCCAGAUCCGGGAGUUCAUGGACAAGAAGGGCCCCAGGUCCCAGGACUGGAGCCGCUACUUCCAGAUCAUCGAGGACCUGAGGAACCAGAUCUUCGAGAGCGCCGUGGGAAAUGCCCGCAUCGUCCUGCAGAUUGACAACGCCCGCCUGGCAGCCGAUGACUUCCGGGUCAAGUUCGAGUCGGAGCUGGCCAUCCGCCAGUCGGUGGAGAGCGACAUCAACGGGCUGCGGAAGGUCCUCGACGACACCAACAUGAGCCGGCUGCAGCUGGAGGGCGAAAUUGAGUCCCUCAGGGAGGAGCUGAUCUUCAUGAAGAAGAACCACCAGGAUGAGGUGGACAGCUUGCAGGCCCAGAUCGCCAACUCGGGGCUGACGGUGGAAGUGGAUGCCGCUCAGCCUCAGGACCUGGGCAAGGUCAUGGCGGAGAUCCGGGCUCAGUAUGACACGCUGGCGCAGAAGAACAUGGCGGACCUGGAUCAGCAGUGGAACCAGAUGAUCACCCAGAGCACCGCGGAGAUCACCGAGAACACAAAGGAGAUCGAGGUGGCCCGCAGCAGUGUCUCCGAGCUGCGCCGCACCUGCCAGACGCUGGAGAUCGAGCUGGAGUCCCUGCGCAACCUGAAAGCCAGCCUGGAAGCAAACCUGCGGGACGUGGAGCAGCACUACGUCGUGCAGAUGGAGCAUCUGAAUGGGCAGCUCCUGCGGGCCGAGGCGGAGCUGGCUCAGGUACGCAACGACAUCCAGCACCAGUCUGAGGACUACCAGGCCCUGCUGAACAUCAAGGACAAGCUGGAGGCAGAAAUCGCUACCUACAGGCGGCUGUUGGAGGGCGGAGAGGAGUUCAACCUGCGCGACGCUCUGGUGGACAGCAGCAGUGUCACGCAGACCACGCACCAGGUCGUCACCACGACCAAGAAGUUGGUGGACGGCAAAGUGGUGUCGGAGACCAGCGAGUCCCAAGUGAUCAAGAACUGAGAAGACGCACCCCGUGGUCCCUGCUCCCUUCCCUUAGCAUCUGGCGUUGCGGUGCCCUGAGAGGGCCGCAGGCAACCUGCUUUGCCUCCCUCCGCCCACUUGCUUGGUCAGCGGAGCUCAAUAAAAUACGCAGUUGGCCUCA